AUGUGUCAAGAUAAGCUGACAUAUGUUGAGUGCGGAAGUAGUUCAAUGACCGUCAGCAUAGAUAAACGGCUAGUCCAAGGGGAAGCAUCUGGUGUUCAUUUUCGUACCCAAUCCUGCAACGGUGUAAACAACGCUAGCACUGAUGAGAUCACUCUCACUACACACUACAAUCAAUGUGGCACCAUCUUUGAGGAGGAUAACACAACCAUAACCUUCUCUAACGUUAUUACGUACGCCAAGCCUGGUUCGGAAGAUGGUACGGCAAUCACCCGUAAAUAUCACAUGCAGGUUCGGGUCGAAUGUUGCCUCAAGAAAGAGGAAGUCAUCAGUGGGUCCUUCAGACCACAGCUUGGUGAGGUGUCCUUUAGCGACAAGGGCUCUGGUGACUUCAGUCUGAGACUCGAAAGGUUCCAGACAGAUGCUUUUGAUGAAAGUGAAUCCGAAACCACCUCCGUUGUCGGGAAAGGAGAUGACCUCUACUUUGGUGUGUAUCUUGAGUCGGUACCAGGCGUUGGUAUGUUUAUCGACAGCUGCUGGGCGACAACCACUCAAGACUCAGACGCAGAGCCACAUUACUCUCUAAUUUCUUCAGGUUGCCCGGAUGAUGAAACAGUUGCUAUCUAUCGUCUCCUUGGAUUGAAUCGAGAAGGUUUUUCUUUUAGUGCAUUUGCCUUUGUUGGAGAUUACACUGAGGUGUACAUUCACUGUUCAGUGAAGGUCUGUGGUGCCGCGAAUGCUCAAUUGUUUCGAGACGCAGGAUGCCCCUCAGAAUCUCCACCUGCCGAACGCAAACGUCGAUCUUCGUCCUUUCUGUCCACUCAGACCAUCAGUAAUGGUCCGAUCCACAUCGGUCGCUCAACCAGCGAUAUGGCUAUAGAUUUGGCUUCCUACAACCCUCUUGCCAUGCUCCUCCUUGGAAUGAUAGCAACAUUGGUUGCUAUGGCAAUCCUGAUGGGUGUGGUCAAGCUUGUUCGUAUCUCAUCCGAUAACAAUUACUAUCAGCGAGUUCCAAUUGCUGAAUCCAUGGAAGGAAUUUAGAUUAAAGCUCUUUGGAAGCGCAUAGAGAUGUUAUUUCAUAACGUAUUAUGCGCUAAACAAGAACUGAACUAAUAAACAAAAUAAAGAGCAACCAUCAGCUCCAAAAAGGGCCAUAGUAUGGAAAAUAACCUCCAUCUUUAUCGAUCAUUGAUUUGAAAUCGAAACAGGACUUCCCACAAAGUCGUUUUAUUCUGACAUACAAACAGGGCCCCUUACUACCCAAAAGAACAAAAAGGGGGACACUUCAUAUCGUUAACAUUUUUCAUAUAAACUGUUAAUAAAUUAUACUAAAGUAACACAAUUUUGUCUAGAAUAUGGCGUCCCCCAGGCUCUGUGAUCGGCCCUCAUUGCUUUAACAUAUACCUUCAGCCAGUGAUAUAUAGAUAUCUUACAUUAAUAUGAUGUCUUAUUAAACCAUAUUUACGGCGACUACAUCCAGAUACACUGCGUAUGUAAUCAGAAGGUUCCCCAAAGCAUCAACAAUACACUACGCAAACUACAACAUAAUAAUAUCUCUGAUGUUCAGUCAUAGAUGUUGGCUAAUAAACUGAAAUUUAAUCUGGACCAGACAGAAUUCAUGAUUGCGCCAUUUCCAAAGCACCCUCAGCAGUUACAUCAUGUUCAUCUUAAGAUUGACGAUCAUAUCAUCAUUUCACCUUCACAAUCUCUUCGCAUAUUAGGUGUUAGCUUUGACAAGCAUAUGAAAAUUUCAAAUUGUGUUUAAAAUGUAGGUGUUAGCUUUGACAAGCAUAUGAAUAUGUCAAAUUAUGUUUUAAAUGUAGGUGAUAGCUUUAACAAGCAGGAAUAUGUGAAAUCAUGUUUUAAAUGUAGGUGUUAGCUUUGACAAGCAUAUGAAUAUGUCAAAUUAUGUUUUAAAUGUAGGUGUUAGCUUUGACAAGCAUAUGAAUAUGUCAAAUUAUGUUUUAAAUGUAGG